ACAACCUUGUUGCCUGUGAAUGACAGAAGAAGCUGGAACCAAAUUUAGUAACAUACCAGUUAAAAGAGCACCCGUCUUUCGGCUAUAAAGACCUUGUAUCAAAACAGCACUAAAGGACUUGGCACCUGUAAACACCUAGAGGAGCCCGCCUGCCAUCACCAUGACAGCAGGAGCAAAGACUCUGCACUUAGGAAAGAGCCUUCUGCAGCUCAGCUGCCAAAAGCAGGGAAGAAAUAGUCACUUUCUUCUGCACCACCUCAUUUUGACAAGAAAGCUUGCAAUAUUCACUUCAGUGGAAACUCUGAACCAAUCCUAAAAAGCCACUGAAGGAAAUGGAUGGACUGCCAGCUACAUAGCACAAAACAGAGAUUUUUCAACAGACCAUGAAUCCAGGACAGAAAACAAUUUUCCAAGAAUACCUGACAAAUCAGGGGACUGUGGUGAAGCCCUAUUGCUGGCAGAAACAAAACCACCUGUGUGCCAAUUGUCCUUUCCAUAUACGGACUGGUGAAGAAGCCAGAGUCCCUUAUGAAGAGUUUUGCAGGGUCUUUGGCUUCCCGGGCAGAUUGACAGCAACACUCAAAACCAAACACCUUCUCUUCUAUGAACUGAGGAGUUUCUCAGGGGGUUUAGUCCAAAAAGGCCGUGCUACAAACUGUACUGCCCGAGACAGCCAUCCAGAAUCGAUGCUGUUUGAGGUGGGUGGAUAUCUGGAUGCAGUUAUAGAUGCUUAUGAAAGCAUCAGGUGCAUCAUCCUCUAUUCAAGUUACUCUCCUUGUAACGAGGCUUACCACUGCUGCAUAACUAAAAUCUACCGUUUAUUGCUGAAGUAUCCAGAACUUACCCUCUGCAUCUAUUUCUCUCAGCUUUAUCAUGCUGAGGAUGGUUUCCCCACUGCUGCAUGGAACAAGGCAGCUUUGCAGAGCCUCUCCAGCCUGUGGCCUCGGGUGACUCUGCAGAGACUGCCCAGCAGGACACAGCAUUACCUCCUCUGCAAUUUUGUGUAUGGCAUCCCAGGGUCAACCCUUUAUCACCCAACUCUGCUGUCAAGAACCUCAGUGGAUCGACAAAAUCCACAUCAAACUAAUAAUUUAAGGGGAAUGAAACCCUAUUUCAGGAAUGUCUUCCCACAGGCAGUGGAGGGAAAGGCUGCUGUGCUGCAGAACUUGGAGAUCUUUACUUCUCCUAGCCUGGCCUCCCAACAGCCUUUUGAAGUGACCAUGAGCAGUCAGCUCCCUCCCAUGUCUCAAAGCCACUUGGUGUUUUUGCCCAGCACAUUCCUGCCCUUUCAGAGGAAGCACCUAUACCCCAGACCUCAAAAUAUUGUAAGGCAUUUAAAAAUGCCAAAGGAACAACCUAGCGAAACUCGUAAUUCUGGAACGUUUCCGAGUGGCAGGCACCUGAUCUGAAGAUGAUACAAACCAAACUGCUUUCAGGCUGUAGAACUGAGAUCACAGGUGGCCUGAAACACCACCACCACCAGUAAAACUGCCUCCUGCAAA